CAGCAGGUGCUGUAAAAACCAGUCCAGGUGGCAGCAUCACGGUCGGUUGGCUGGUGCACAGACAGGCGGAGAGACACUGGUCGUGCCAUUUUCCAUGUGCCUUGCUGGGGGCGAGUUUGCGCCCCACAAGCAGAGAGAGAGAGAGAGAGAGAGAGCUGCUAUUUUGAAAGUGACCCCUCAUUCAGGCAGCAACUCUGCAGCUGUCAGGAACCAUGACUGAAAAUGACGGAUUCUGUUGUCGUGGAGGGAUAUGCCAGAUUCAGAGAUGGAAAAAAGUGGAAAACUAGGUGGCUCGUUCUUCGCAAGCCGUCGCCUGUAGCAGACUGCCUUGUGCUGCUUGUUUUUAAAGACAAGUCCGACAAAGCGCAGGGCAACAAGGAGAGGGCCAGUGUCACCUUGGAGGAGAUCUGCGGUCUGGAAGCGGGACAGUGGUAUGAAGGCGUGGCUUUUACUCUGGCCAUCCUCUGCCUGAACCAGGCUGCUCUACUGGGCUUCGACAGCAAAGAGGCCCUGCAGGCGUGGGACGUCCGCCUGCGGUACAGCCUCGGAGAAGUUCACAGAUUCAGUGUUGGAGUCUUACCAGGGACCAAGUUGGAGAGUGGACCUGCAACUCUUCAUUUAUGCAACAACUUAUUAGCUCUCGCCCGGGACGUCCCGCCUGUUAUUAUCGGCCACUGGAACCUUCCAGACCUGCGCAGAUAUGGGCCUGUACCCAAUGGAUUUGUGUUUGAGGGAGGAACAAGAUGUGGUUACUGGGCUGGUGUUUUUUUGCUCUCAUCUGCUGAGAGCGAGCAGAUCAGCUUUCUGUUCGACUGCAUCGUCAGAGGCAUCUCCCCCACCAGAGGCCCUUUUGGACUGCGGCCAGUUUUGCCAGACCCCAGUGCCAGUCCGACGAAUUUGGAGGAGAGGCUGAACCAUGAGGCCCAGGAGCUGGAGAAACGACUGAGCCUGCUCUCUCACAGGAGCAGCACAGUCUCGUCCUCGUACUGCCCAUCUGCUGGGGGAGACGACCGCAGCAUGUCCGGUUCCUCCGACACGUCAGACACCAGCCAAUCAGAUUGCAGUAUUGGCAGCCGGCUGGCCAUUUGGACCGAACCGGCCUCCAGCCCAUCUGAAAACAUCGGCCAUGUGGGUGCUAAAGUGGCACUGCAGAGCAUCGAGAAGCUGUCCGUCAACAAGUGUGGCGGAAACCGGCCGGCUGCCAACCCUCCCCGGCAGCUUCAGGAGAUCGGCCGUCAGAGCUCAUCUGACAGCGGCAUCGCCACCGGCAGCCAUUCCUCUUACUCUGGAAGUUUCUCCUCCUACACAGGCAGCCUGGAUAUCACCCCCGGAGAGGACUUUGGGUCUGUUUUCAACUUGCCUCCCCACUUGGCUCAAGACCUGAGCCCUUGUACUUGCCCCACUUCCCCUGGACAUGAAUACCAGGUACCAACAUCACUUAGGUAUCUCUAUGACACUCCCAGGAGUCUUUUACAGGAGGGAAGUGGGGUUGCCAAAGACAAUGAACCCUCCAACCCAACUAAGGACACUCCUGCCUUUUCAGGCCUCACGACAGACUCAGCAAAGGCGGAUAAAAGCAGUGUCAUGACCUCUGAGGGUCCCUCAGAAACUACUAACAGACAGUCAGUGAGCGAACACUUACAAUGCCCCUCAGAGGGGAGUAAGAAAACCAAGGUGGCGCCCUCUACUGAACACCCAGACUCUUGUCACAUCUGCAGCUCUCUCACAUCUGUCUCCAAAACCAUCGUGACCAUCUGCUCAGUGUGUGGUGGAUUUAAGGGGACGCCAUACAUCCUUGGAAGUGGUUCAGUGAUACCUGCUAUACCAGAACAUCAUAUUUUCAAUCCAGCAGAUCAAAGUGUUGACAAAUCACCAUGCAGACCCAGCACUGCCAGUGAAUACAAUAUUGCAGUGAAUAAUAUUCUGGAGAAAUCCUGCGCCUCUCCUGGCUCUGGAAACAUCCACAGCUCAGAGGAGCCAACAGUGAGGACGAGUGAGGAUUCCCUGCUGCCAAAAAAAGGAAGAGAGAAAUUAGCCAGUCUCUUAGCUGAUCUGUUAGGCUUUCCAAGCGCAGAUAGGCAACCGGAGGCAAAGACCAGCCUGAACGUGUAUGAGUCAAUGAGCCCGAGAUUUGGAAAUGAGCACAAAUCUGCACCAACUGGCACCUGUGUACCAUCACACGACUCGCAGCAAGACAAAAGAGCUGUCAUUUAUGAAAACUGUUUAAAGUGUCAGGGAGAGCACUGCCACCCUCCUCCAUGCGUCGCACCUGCCGAAAUGUACCGCAACAAGAACAUCCCUACUUUACAAACCUUUCCAACUGGGCUACACCUGAAGAGAAGCCAAGAACACGAAGUAGCAGCUAAUGAGGAGCUGCUCUAUCAAGCUCACAGUGAUGGAUUGCAGAGCGUGGACAGGCAGUGUCAGUAUGAAGAGAUGAAUGGUCGGAAAGUGACCAGUGAAGACAAAAGGCUUAAUAGUAAAGAGGAAAAACGCAGAGCUGAUCCUGCUUAUGAGAUCAUGGAGAGUCGGGCGCCGGAGAGGAACUCGGAGGCAGAAGAAAAAAGCAAGUACGAGCUAAUGGGCAGCUGUGGUCAGCAGAGGUUACAUCAAGAGAAUGAAGGGGUAGUGUUCGUUUUCCCCCCUGAGGCACCACUUCCUGAAAGGCCUCGCAGUGAAGGUGUGACGUAUGUGAAUAUUCCUGUUAGUCCCACAUCCAAGAAGCAGCUCAACUACAUGGAGCUGGAGCUGCAGGAGCCAGGUCUUAGCACCCGAGGGACCGCCGCACAUCUCCCGCCUCAGAGAAAGAGCUCCACCAAGUACGCCCAGAUUGACAUCACCGCUACAGAGACGGCCCACAAAGUCGGCACGCAGCAUGCCCUGGGUCGGCAGGAGGGCCUGCACACUCUGGAGCUCAGAAGAAAGGGUACGCCACAUUGACUUCUUCAUCACUAAACUCAGCAGGAUGUUUUUGCCCAAGACCAGCCCACUACAUCAAAAGUUUGCAAGAAACAUCUGAGGGAGUCCAGACUGUUCUCAAAAGGUCCUCGGAGGUUUACUGUGGGAUUCGUUCCCUGUUCUGUUCCAUCUUGUGAAUACAAAUUUUUUUGGAAGUCGCUUCAUCCAGUCUGCCCAAUGUCCAUUUUCUCAGAUUCAGACUUGCUUCUGUAAUCACAAAGCAACUUGAAAAUGGAGCCUCCUCUGAAAGGUUUGGGACCGGAUCAGGAGCAACAUUUCAUUCUUGGUCUCUUUUGUGAACUCGGGCAUCUCAUUAAAUGGCAUUAUGUCAGUGCCUGAGCCUCAGGCUAACUUGGAGGAAGAUGUGCCAGUCCUGAGCUGAGUCACUGGCCCUGAUAAACCCCCAGAGCAGAGGCAUUUCACAGCUCACUUGGGCCAUCCCUAACAACAUGCAAUAUGCUGUUUUUGUCCUUGUUUGGGAGAACGAGGCAGGGUGGCAGCAGAGAUGGUGUUUGUUCUUUAUUCCUCAGUGAUAACCACAUCAGUAAUUCCACAUGUAGUUGCACGAAACUCACUUUUUAGUAUAUUCAUAUUUGGGGAAACUUUCCAUCCAGUCUUACUCAGAAUGCUGCAAAUUUCAGGUUUGCUGUUUUUCAAAAAAUUAAGACAAGAUUUAUGUUUGUAUAAGUAAGAGCAGGAUAAUUAAUGGUUCUGCAUAAUACUUCCAUAUUGUGCCUGGGUGUAACUAAUGGAUCUGUGUUUGUCAUAUGAACAGAAUCUCAGUGCUGCUAUUGUUUUCUUUUUUCUGCUUCACAGUUCAUAUGGAAUAAGAUUUACUGUGGAAAAGUCUUCAUAAAUAAUGCAAAGCAAAGAAGACGGUGAAAAUCAUUAUUUAGUAUGUGUUUUGUAGAGCUAUUUUAGUCAACAUAUUGUUUUUGUCUCAUACACUACUUGGAUGACACUCUAUUUUGAUAUCUGUAAAUACAUUCUCUUUCUAUUUAGGUGAUGUGGAUUGUUAUAAAAUAUACAUUACAUGUGAAGACAAUGUAUGUACAGUAAAGAUGUAUUGAAAGAGUUAAAAGGACAGUGCCUGCUUACUAAGGCUUUUUUUCUUGUAAAUUAUUUAUAACAUUAACUACUGCUUUGAUGUGCAUGUUCAGUUUUUCUAGAGCUACAGUAGUAAACCAGUUUGCUACGAUGUUAUAUAAAACAUCCUAACAAUU